GUGGAAAAGCGGAGCCAAGAAAUAGUUAAUCUCUCGGGCUGCCGCUAUGAUUGGCCGCUGUAUGCUGCGCUUCUGCCUCCUUGAAUGAGAAACAGGGGUAACCAGGCAACUUCAGAGCUGGAGAGAAGAAGAAGCAGAAGAAGACAGUGGGGGGAAAGAGGACAAGAUAGAGGGGUUCAGAGUGAUGGAAGAAAUUCUGAGCCCGCAAAAAAAAAAGGAAAGUCAUUGUGAUUUCACCUUGUGUGUCCUCCUAUAAAACGGAACUAAGACAUGGAUUUUCUUAGACGCGCUAUCUCCCUCUCUUUCUCCCUCUCUCCCUCCUUCACCGCGGGGGGAGAAGACAGAGCGCACAUAUGACGGGGAGAACAGAUGUGGAUUAAAACGCAUAAAUGGGACCCUUCAGAAUGAGCGCCCGAUGAGAAAAGUGCUGAGAGCUACAGAUGCACCAAUCUGGAACUGAAGUGCCCCACCGAAGAAUAAUAUCCCCUUCUGACCUACUCUGAAGAACAAUAUUUGAUUCAAUCAAUGUUGCAAGUCUCCCCCAGGGGGAUUGCUCCUGAGCAAUAGGUGAACCUUCAUAAAAGGCAACACUACAGACCAUGUGAUACUUGACCUUCACUGAGGAAGCUCAGGUACACUCCAGAGGAUGUCAAAUCAGAUCUGAACCGGCCCUCCAGGGGAUCGCUUAGCUCUUAAUUCAAUCAGCGCUUCAUGUUUUGCCUUGUAUUACUCAAACACCAUGGACCAGUAGUGACAGAACGUAUUUAUUGAUGCUGGAUCUUCAUUUAUUGAGGAGUAGCAGACAUGUCACCAUGGAUUUGACUGAGGUUUUCAGUAUCAAGGAGCUGCUGUGAGAAACACAGGAGCUGAAAGGGAGAAUCGAACACUGGGAGCUCGGAGGAAUCGCUAGUGGGCUGCUAACUCAUGGUGGAUCUGCUGUGAGCAGGAGAAGGGACUCAGCGGUGGAGGAUGUCAGCAGAGGCCGAGGUCCAGUCGGGUGUCAAAACCAGCCAGCGAAAGGAGUCCAGGAGGAUCAAAGGUCAGGACCGAACAGAGGCGGGGCUUAUUAAGCGUUUCCGCGGAGAUGGAGUGCGCUACAAGGCCAAGCUGAUUGGAAUUGAUGAGGUGACAGCCGCGCGAGGGGACAAGCUGUGCCAAGACUCCAUGAUGAAGCUGAAGGGAAUGGCUUCGUCAGCACGUUCCAAGGGGGAACACAAGCAGAGAGUCUUCUUGACGGUCUCGUUCGGCGGGAUCAAGAUUUACUGUGAAAGAUCAGGGGUGAGUAGCAUGUCAGCGGCUGCGUCCCUCAGCUGCUGCGAGGAAGAGCCCACUGUACAGGACAUCCAGAGGUUUGACAUGUGGCGAAUAAAUAUAUAUUGUCUAGACAGUUUUUAUUCUUGUUUCUGCAUUCAGGCUGAGCCUCUCAUCCUUGACCUGCGUGACCUCUUCACGCUGAUUUAUGACAUUAAACAGCGGGAGGAGAUGGAGAAGAAGGCCCAGAAGGACAAACACUGUGAGCAAGCAGUCUACCAGACCAUCUUAGAGGACGAAGUGGAUGAUCCAGUUUACCAGUAUAUAGUGUUUGAGGCUGGACACGAACCCCUCCGUGGCCCCCAGUCAGAGGAGAGCGUUUAUCAGGUCCCAACCAGUCAGCAGAAGGAAGGGAUCUAUGAUGUUCCUAAGCGCCAUUUCAUGACUAACAUCAACCACUUUGAUCUUUUCGGCGACAUGUCCACCCCUCCCUCGAUGCCCCCGUCACCUGCCAACACGCUGGACCCGAACAGGAGCAGCCGCCAGCAGCAGCACACCCCCGCAGAGCUGUACGCCCCCUUCAGCCCGACCUCUGUGCCAUCAGGUUAUAUGACCAUGGGGCCGGUUCAGGCGGCUCAGUGGGCUCAGCAGUCGUUUCCCACCCAGGCUCAGACUUUGGCAUUCCCCAUGCAGGGUCCCCUCCAGGUGGCUCAGGUCCUCCCCGGUGGCCAGCCAAUCAUCCUGAGCCAGGCCAAUAUUUUCCCUGCCACUCAGCAGCAGUGGGCGGCCAUGGCAGCAUAUAUGCCGACCCAGACGGUGGGAGUUGGGGGCCACGCUAUACCAGCUGCCAUGCUCCAAGGUUUGGUACCCAUUACCACAGUGUGCCCCCAAGCCUGCGACCUGUCGGCCCCCUCGUCGGCCAUCACAAGCCCCCAGCACAUGGCGGACCCUGCCCUACUCAUGAGGCAGCUGAGCCUGGGGAAAGAUGGACUCAGCGUUGAUUCGGACGCAGGCGAAGGCCCAUCCACAUCAGGAGGGGUGGGACCUGGAGCUGUGGCCGCAGGAGGGAGUAGGUGUGGAACUCCUGCUCCCAUGAGUGCGCCUGACACGCUAGCCUGCAGUCAACUGCUGCCACCUCAGGCUACAGCCAACCAGGAGGAAGAAGGUAGCUGUAGUGACCUUGAUCUGUCCAGGAUGACUUUAAGCCCAGGAACAUCCACCUCACCAUCAACUGAAUCACCAUCCACACCUGCCCCUCAGCAGAGCUCGUCUUCAGACUGCCCCCCCUCCCAGGGCAGCGAACCCCCAACAGAUCACUCACCAGUUGACCUAGAGGGAUCCCCAAGCAACGCCAGGGAGGAACAAUCAGGUUCUGCUGCUGCAAGGUCGGAGUCUCCGGUGCCAAGCGACGCUGCAGAGCCUGCGGAUAAGACCGGUCCACAGGAAGACAGCUAGAGGGAAGCAUAUGGGGAAGAGGGCUGUACAAGCUCUUAAUCCUGGAACUGGAGCUUCUGGGAAAAGCAAGACAUACGAGUGACUGUGAUUACACAGACUAGCUGUUUUUUUUUAAUAAACUUUAAAGGAUAUUUCUGGCUAUGAGAGGAACUGUAUAAUUUUUUUCUCGUGAGGCCACACACUGUACUCUGUUGCCCUCCUCAGCAUGUCCAAUCAAAUAACUCUUCAACCAGGAAGUGACCUUUGAUCUCUAACUCGAUCCUUGAUCCAGGAGGUGUGUGCAUCCUUCUCUUGCAAGCUGAAAGGAGACUCGUUUAAAACGACGUUAUUGAUGCAAAUUACGUUUCUUGGGACGCGUUGAAGAGGAGCAGCAAGUUUUAAUCAUAUUGCUCCACUGUUCUACCAGUUUUAAUGAGCAGACUUGGAGUAGAUGCAACAAACUCAGCUGUUGGCCUGGGACUAAAUCAAAGACUAUGAUUCUUCGACUUUUAUAAGCUGUGAAUUCUUAGUUGGUGACAACGGAGUUGUGAAAGACAUCAAGGUGACUCUAAGGUGUCAGUGUAGAAAUAAAAAAAAUUGCCAAACAUCUAUUUUGUAAAUAAGAAUCCCCCAGCCCAGCCCUCCUAAGCCCUGAGCUUUUGUGCCAUAAUAGCGCUCUGCCUCUCAGAUGCUAACUACGUCAAUGCUCCACCAGCAUCUCCAGUUCUACCAUCUGGAAAUUAGAGAUUUUUUUGGAGCCAUGUUUGUUUUGUUUUUUAUUUUUUAUUUUUUAAUCAUUUUUUUUAAGGUUGGGGGUCAAAAUGAACUGUGAAUAUGUGUUACAUGUUCAGUCAGAAUCAUGUCUGAAAUUAAGCUUGACGAAAAGAGCAAAGGGGCGGAUCUAGAGAUCUUACUUUUUACAGACGUCUAGUGGCAGAUUUUCUCUUAGCUUUUAGAUAUUUCUCAUUUCCAGCUAAGGUUGCGUUGUUUACAGCUUGCCUCUUAAGGUCCUGUCUCCGUUUUUUUUUUUUUUGAAGAUGCACAGGGGAAAACACUUAGUAAUACAAUGGGAUGAAAACCUUCGCCCACCACUGACGUAUUUUACAUUUAGUCACGUUGGAAUGUUAAACCCCAUGUAUUUUUGUUAUUAUGUCAUAAACUGAAAUAAGGUUGAGCAUAAUUGUGACAUGGAGAGAAAAUUACAUAUUUUUAAAGCUAAUAAAGAUAUAAACGACACCCCUCUCCCCCUAUCAGUAUAUAUUUUGAGCCACUUUCAGCUCUAAUCGCAUCUGUAAGUCUUUUAAGGCCUCUUUCUACCUGUUUUGCACAACUUCAGACUGAAAUCUGCCUCCUUAGUUAAUCCUUAAUUCAAUUUGAAUUAGACUCUAACUAGGCCCAUUUAAAGCAUGAACAUAUUGAUCUGAUUUUAACCCUUUCAUUGUGUUUCGGGCUGUUUCUGUUUCCUUAGAAGGUGAACCCCAAACCCUCUGCAGCCUCUAACAGACCUUCUUCCAUUACUUGUUUUCUUCUUUCAAUUUUCUCAUCAAAUAUAACCAGCUUUUCUGUCUCUGCUAAAGACAAGCAUCCCUACAUCAUAAUGCUGCCGUUUUACAAAAGUAUUUCCAUCUGUGGGUAAUCCACAAAAAAACUGUGUAAGAUGUUAAAAGAAUAAGGAGUUAUUUUACAAUCUAUGUCUCCAAAGCUUCAUUUCUGACCUGUCUGCUGUGUUUCUUCGUCUCCACGAUGCUGUUUGUUCACUAAUGUCGUUCACAAAUGUGUGAGGCUUUUAAGAGGAGCUGGAUUUGUACACAAACUACUAUUUCGGGGACCUUUAAGAUAAACGGUGCGUUGAUUUUUGUUUAAGGGAUUUAAGGGACAAGAGUUUUGGGGUUUUUAUUCA